AUGGGUACUGCCACCGGUGAACAGUGUGAGUGCAAACGCCACACUCCAACCAUCGCCACUCUCAGGGCAGCAAACACAUGGCCGGCAAGUCGCGCCGAACGGCACGACUGCAGCAACAGUAGGCCCACGCAAACGCGCCAGACCAACCCGGCGAUUUUUCGGAAGCACCCUGCGAUCGUUUGCGUGGGCGCGCCGCGGCCUGUCACUGGGCACCUUGCCUCACAGAGGCGGAGAGCGGGCGCCCCCCACCAGCACCAGUGCCCCACGAAGCGGAGAGCCGCAGCUGCAGCCAACACGUCAGCUGUUCCGGCCCCGCGACCCUCCAGCCAAUUCGCGCGAGGUGCCCCCUUGACAAAGGGAAUGAUGGCUUAUUCCUGGCGACCCAGGGAGAAAGAAACCUUGCUGCAGGUUGCGGGCGCCCGUUGGGUGCGGGAUACAUCAAACCGAACAAGUUCCGAUGACUCAUUCAGGGUUUGGGCGCGGAGGAGCGGGGGCCGCCGCGCAAGGGGUGGGGCUUUUGCGGCCCCGCCCAACGUCGCUUGCAGCCGGUUCGCGGCGUUGCGUGGUCACCACCGCUGUGCUUGGUACCGUCGCCUGUGCCUCGUGUGUGAUGGAGCUCCGUGGCGAUCGAUGGACUGUGCGCCGAGCAAAGCUGCCACUGCGAAACAAUAA